CAUCCUGCCAGAGCUCGACCGUUAGUGACGGUGAAGCAGCAGCGGAGGCGUGUGACUCUGUGCUCUCCGGGGUCGUUUCUUCUGCAAAACAUCAAGAGGUUCAGACUAAAAUCUCAAAUCGACUCUGUUGUUUACGAUGGCUGAGGGCGACAACAAAAGCGCUAACUUGCUAGCUCAAGAAACGGCCCAGCUGGAGGAGCAGCUGCAGGGCUGGGGUGAGGUGAUCCUGGCUGGAGAUCGUGUCCUCCGCUGGGAGAAGCCUUGGUUUCCUGGAGCUCUGAUGGGUGCCACAACUGUACUCUUCCUGCUCAUCUACUACCUGGACCCAUCAGUGCUCACUGGACUCUCCUGCACCGUCAUGCUGCUGUGCCUGGCUGAUUACCUUGUGCCCACACUCGCACCACGUGUUUUCGGCUCCAAUAAGUGGACCACUGAGCAGCAGCAGCGUUUCCAUGAGAUCUGCGGUAACCUGGUGAAGACCCAGAGGCGGAUUGUUGGCUGGUGGAAGCGUCUCUGUGCCCUCAAGGAAGAGAAACCAAAAAUGUACUUUGCUUCAGUGAUCAGCAGUCUCCUGGCUGUGGCCUGGAUCGGACAGCAGGUGCACAACCUGUUCCUCACCUACCUGAUUGUGAGCUUCCUGCUGCUUCUGCCCGGCCUGAACCAGCACGGCGUCAUCAGCAAGUACGCCUCCAUGGCCAAGAGAGAGAUCAACAAACUGCUCAAACAGAAGGAAAAGAAGAACGAGUAGACGCACGUGUGGAUGAAGACCAAGGAUCUCCGAAAAGAAGACUAGCCACGAGGAAAACCGAAGGAUGGAAGAAUGUUUGAAGAAAAGAAAAAUGAGCUGUUCAAGAAAAAAAGCCUCCUGCUCGCUCUGCUGCCGCCACCGAGCAAGACGCACUUUGUUUUUGUCGCACAUCGGAUUUAAUUUCUCCCAGACACCCUUUGACAUUUCAGCCUCAUCCCCCACUGAAUAUUAUUUAAGAAUUUCAGUCGUGCAUGCAGCCACCACAUGAAGGUUACCUCCUCACAAAUUCCACAGACGUAUUGGACACAGACCCAGUCCGCUGUUAGACGCCCAGUACACAUAAUGCUCCUGUUUGUUCAUGUGUGCUUUGACUUUGAAACUCUGGGUAAAGCUUUCAAGCCAUUCCUACAAUUUAGACAAAGUGACUACUGAGCAGGGUUUGUAGCGUUACUGUAGCCCUUUAACCUCGCGUAGAUUCCUCACCAUAAAGAUGUUUCGAGGACAGUUUGGUCAGAUAACAACAGGUCAUAAGUUUGGUCUCUUUUUUGCUUCUUGAGCUUUGGUUGUUUUUUUGAAAAAAAAAAAAGUGCUGAAAAAAACUGGAUUUAAAGCCGAGCUCCUCUGUGAUGUCGCGCCAUCAGGAGUUUGUAGAAACGGGCCUUCCGCUGCUAGCUGGACUCUGGUCUCGUAGUUCAUAUAGGAAAACCUCACAGUGUGGUUGUGGUGUGAGGCGCCUCUGUACAUAGGCCCAUCCUCACUCUGUCUGUCCUCUCUUAUUUAUGUGUUUUGCCUCAUUUCUGGUCUCAUCACUGUCUUUCUCUUCUCAUUUCAUUUUAUGUCUUACUGGACAUCUUUACAAAAAUGAAUAAAGUUGGAUUUAAGUGAA